AUUGGCUAGCGCCUCAAAACGGUAGUGUGUUUCAACAAACGUAUAAACGCUGAGGAAGUGGACUUGUCCGAUGUCAACUUGCCCUGAUAUGCAAAUUCCGUCGACAAUAUGUAAUAUUUUUCACGACUUAAACAAUAAUUGACGAUAAGUACAGUGCUAUAAACAGUCAUGCCAGCUCAGCCGGCUGCCAGAGAACCAGAGGAGGAGAUGGAGACCGAGGCCGACCCAGAGGUUCCUCAAACUAAUGGCGAGGUGGAGGAGGAGCGAGAGGGAGGAGAGGCAGAGGAGACAAUGGAGGAGAGUGGAGAGGAACGGGACAGCGACCUUGAGGAGAGUGAACCAGAGGAGGAAGAGGAGGAAGAGGAAGAAAGUUCAGAAAUGGAUGAUGAAGAUUGUGAGAGAAGACGAUUACAGUGCCUAGAUGAAAUGUCAGACCUGGAAAAACAGUUCCUGGAGUUAAAAGACAAGCUUUUUCAAGAACGUCUGAACCAGGUUAAAAUGAAGCUGGACGAGGUUUUGACAGGAAAGGCAGGAGAGUACAGAGAACCCUUGGCAACACUGCAGCAGAACCUACAGCAGAGAACACAAGUGGCAGGUGUGUACAGAGAACUUUGUCUGCAAGUGGUCCGACACAAACAUGAAUGUGAAGUGCAGGGGGCCAGACAACAUCUAGAGAGUGAGAGGACACUCUUAUUUGAUGCCAUGAAAACAGAAUUGUUGGAGAAGAUCCGCAGACUGGAGGAGGACCAACAGAGCGUAGACAUCACCUCAGAGUGGUGGAAUGAUGAAGUGAGGAUGAAGAAAUGUAAGAGAAGGAGUCUCCUGAUUCGCCCAGACAGAAAGAAGAAGGCAGCUCUUGUGUCAGGGCCAUACAUAGUGUAUAUGCUAAGAGACACUGACAUACUAGAGGACUGGACGGCCAUCAAGAAGGCAAAAGCAGCACUGAUGCCUAUGAAGAAGAAAGCAGACAACAGGCAGGUGCCCGUGCGAUGUGAAGGUGGGGCUCUCUUCUAUGAUGGAGAGAAAUUCUCCAAAGGCAGCAGUGUCAUUCUAGAAGUCAAUGACGACAGCCCGGCACAGGCCGUGAUAACAGGGAUCAGCACAGGAGAGGUCUGGUUCAAGCGAACAGAUGGCACCAAAACCAAAAUCUACGUCUCCCAGCUUCAGAAAGGCAAAUACACCAUACAAAAAGCUUAGAGAAGAUAAACGUUACAAUCGGAGAGUGUGUGUACCUACCCUUUAAUAAUUAACAAAUAACACACAACACUCUUAGAACAGCUUAUAACAAUCCAAUUUAAUGCUAUGCACUGGUAUUGAUCAGACCAGAGACUGUUCGUUGAUUUAUGAUCGCAGAUAAAUUAAGCCUUUUUUAUACACAUAUUUUAUUAUGAUUAUUAUAAUAAGAAGGAUCUGGUUCCAGAGCAGCACUGUUGGCAUCAAGUAGGCAAUUUCUGGUGCAGCUAAAGUUCAUUCAUUAAUUUAAAAAGCCUGUUGACCAAAUGCUUAAAGACCAUAUGAAGUCUAUCUGUAUCAUAAUGCUUAUCACACUGUAUACAUUUAUAAUGCUUCAUACUGACCUUAUAUGAAGUCUGAUACACACUUAGAUCAUUGUGCAUUUGUUUGUUUGUCAUUGUCAUUUAAAAUU